UAAUCUGAUCGGUCAUGGCGGCGCCGUGGAGCGAGAGCGAGAACGAGAGGUUCGAGCGCGCGCUGGACACGCACGACCGCGACACGCCCGGCCGCUGGGACCGCGUCGCCGCCGCCGUGGGCGGCGGCAGGACGGCCGACGACGUCAGGCGCCACUACGACCGCCUCGUCGACGACCUCCGCCGCAUCGAGGCCUCCGGCGCCAACUCCAACGGCGGAACUCAUGCCGCCGGCGGCGGCGGCAGCAGCAGCAACGGCCGCAGAGGAGGGUCCGGGGACAAUCGGCGGCCCCAGGCAUAAAUGAUGGAUUGGAUCGGAUCAUGCUAAGGUGGUGGCCUGGUCGGCACAGACGAUACUCACAUGAGCCCUAUCCUAAUCUAUACGUACAUCUGCAUUACAUAAUACAUGUAGCGUACGUGUGUAUGUACACGUAUGCACGUCAUGCACAUUGCUAGCGGGUACGUGCAUGUACAGUAUGUGUCACGUGUACGUACGUACCCGUAUGCAUGCAUGUGUACGUGCAGCGGUGCAAGAGUGCAACACAGUGUGCUGGCCUUUUUUAUUUAUUUGCGAUUUGACAGUUAGCUAUUGUGCACUGCCAUGUACUCGUACGCCUACGUCUUGUACGUGUGCUA